AGCAUGGAGGGCGGUGGGACCGGAAAAAGACGUGGAAAAGCUGCGAAAACGAGCCUUCGAAUCAUGGACGCGCGGGCCCGGCUCCUCCUCCGAGUUCCUUAUCCGGGGCCGUCACUCACAUCCGGGGCCCUCACUCACAUCCGGGACCCUCAUCCGGGGCUCUCACCCACAUCCGGGACCCUCAUGCCGGGGCGGAGGAGGGGGGGCCCUCAUUCGGCACCCUGCACUCCGUCGCCGGAAGUGCCACCGAGAAGCGCCGGCCUCGGGGCUGUCUACAGCGGCCCGGGAGAGGCUGUGGUAGCCCCGAGCGCGAGUGUGUAGGUGACAGGACAGCGGCCAGGCCCGCCCCUCCCCUCGCCCUGGUUCAUUCACCUUGCGGACCGAGGGCCCCGCCGUCAGGAGCCGGCGACCGUGCCCUGGUGCGAGCUGGUCGUGAUGGUCAUUGUCCUCCAGAGCAGUGAUGGAGGAAAUACCAGCCCAGGAAGCAGCAGGGUCACCAAGGGUCCAGUUUCAGUCUUUGGAGACCCAGUCUGAGUGUCUGUUCCCAGAGCCUCAGUUUGUGCAGGAAACCGACAUGGAACAGGGACUCACUGGGGCUCCACCUGUUCCUCAGGUGCCUGCUCUUCCCCGUGAGGGAAGCCCAGGAGACCAGGCAGCUGCGCUCUUGACAGCCAGGUACCAGGAGUUUGUGACAUUCGAGGAUGUGGCUGUGCACCUUACUCGAGAGGAAUGGGGAUACCUGGACCCUGUUCAGAGGGACCUCUACAGAGAAGUGAUGUUAGAGAAUUAUGGGAACGUGGUCUCACUGGGAUUUCCAAUUUCCAAGCCUGAUGGGAUCUCCCAGCUGGAACAGGAUCUACAGGUCUUUGAUCUGGAAACUAAGACUAGAGAAGUCUUAAGAGAUGACUGCUCAGAUGGAGAGACCAGAGAAGAGAACAAGCUGUUGAUUCCUAAGCAGAAAAUUUCGGAAGAAGUGCAUUCAUACAAAGUGAGAGUAGGAAGACUCAAACACGAUAUUACCCAAGUUCCUGAGACUAGAGAAGUGUAUAAGUCUGAGGACAGAUUAGAAAGACUUCAGGAAAUUCUAAGGAAAUUUCUGUACCUGGAGAGAGAGUUUAGGCAAAUAACAAUCAGCAAGGAAACCUUCACCAGUGAGAAGAACAAUGAAUGUCAUGAACCCGAAAAAAGCUUCAGUCUGGACUCUACUAUUGAUGCAGAUCAGAGAGUUCUUAGAAUACAGAAUACCGAUGACAAUGAUAAGUAUGACAUGAGCUUCAACCAGAAUUCAGCCACUGGUAAACAUGAACACUUAAAUCUAACAGAGGAUUUUCAGAGUAGUGAAUGUAAGGAAAGCUUAAUGGAUCUCUCCCACCUUAAUAAAUGGGAGAGCAUCCCUAACACUGAGAAAUCCUAUAAAUGUGAUGUAUGUGGGAAAAUUUUCCAUCAGAGCUCAGCCCUUACUAGACAUCAGAGAAUCCAUACUAGAGAGAAGCCCUACAAAUGUAAAGAAUGUGAAAAGUCUUUCAGUCAGAGCUCAAGUCUUAGUCGACAUAAAAGAAUACACACUAGAGAAAAACCUUACAAAUGUGAAGCAUCUGAUAAAUCCUGUGAAGCGUCUGAUAAAUCCUGUAGUCCAAGCUCAGGCAUAAUUCAGCAUAAGAAAAUUCACACCAGAGCCAAAUCUUACAAAUGUAGCAGUUGUGAAAGAGUCUUCAGUCGUAGUGUCCACCUUACUCAACAUCAGAAAAUUCACAAAGAGAUGCCCUGUAAGUGUACUGUAUGUGGCAGUGACUUCUGCCAUACUUCAUACCUACUUGAACAUCAGAGGGUCCAUCAUGAAGAGAAAGCCUAUGAGUAUGAUGAAUAUGGGUUGGCCUAUAUUAAACAACAAGGAAUUCAUUUCAGAGAAAAGCCCUAUACGUGUAAUGAAUGUGGAAAAGACUUCAGAUUGAAUUCACAUCUUAUUCAGCAUCAAAGAAUUCACACAGGAGAGAAAGCACAUGAAUGUAAUGAAUGUGGAAAAGCUUUCAGUCAAACCUCAUGCCUUAUUCAGCAUCACAAAAUGCAUAGGAAAGAGAAAUCAUAUGAAUGUAAUGAGUAUGAGGGCAGUUUCAGUCAUAGCUCAGAUCUUAUCCUGCAACAAGAAGUCCUCACCAGACAGAAAGCCUUUGAUUGUGAUGUAUGGGAAAAGAACUCCAGUCAGAGAGCACAUCUAGUUCAACAUCAGAGCAUUCAUACCAAAGAGAACUCAUGAAUGUAAUGAAGAUGGGAAGAUAUUUAUCAAAUUCAGGCUUCAUUCAGCAUCUGAGAGUUCACACCAGGGAGAAAUCAUGUAUGUACUGCAUGUGGUAAAGCCUUCAGUCAUAGCUCAGCCAUUGCUCAGCAUCAGAUAAUUCACACCAGAGAGAAACCCUCUGAAUGUGACGAAUGAAGAAAAGGUAUUAGUGUUAAACUCUUAAUCGACUCCUGCAAAUCUAUACCAGUGAGAAAUCUUAUAAAUGUAUUGAAUGUGGCAAAUUUUUCAUGCUAUUAGUAUUUUCAUACCUUAGUCACAUUUGGAGAAUUCACAUGGGAAUAAAAUUCCAUUGCUGCAAUGAAUGUGAAAAAGCCAUCAGUCAAAGAAACUACCUUGUUUAGUAUCAAAUUCACGCCAUGCAAAAAGAUUAUAAAUGUAAUAAGCGUGUAUGUGUGUGAGGAGAUUCAGUCACAACCCAACGCUCAUUCAACAUCAAAGAAUUUAUACCUAAGAGAACUUAUUUGGGUGUAGUAAAUGGCAGAUCUUUCAAUAGGAGUUUAACUAGUCUUUGUCGUAUCAGAAUAUCCAUAGUAGACGAGAAUUUGAUGUAACGCAAAUGGAAAAACUCGACACCACAUUUCAGGCUUUACCCAACAUCGAAAUAAUGGAGAGAAAAUUGUUGAUUAUUUGUUUAUGAAAUUAUUAAUACAUAGUCCCAGUCUUUUUCAUUGCACAAAAAUCUAGGGUUGACUUGGUAAAUGCAGUGACAUUUUCUCAUGGAGUUCCUUUAUUUAAUAUGUAUUCUAAGUAGGUACGUUUAUUUUUACUUUUUAAUUAUAAUUUUGAUAUUAAAAAGAACAGAGAUGGGGUCUUGCUUUGUUGCCCAGGCUGGUCUUGAACUCCUGGCCUCAAGUGAUCCUCCCACCUGUCCUCCCAAAGUGCUGGGGUUACAGGCGUGUGUCACUGUUCUGGGCCUAUUUUAUUUAUAGAACUCAUUUAAGCUGUUUUUAUUUUAAUAUGCCCUAUAAACAUUUUUAUAUUUUUUGAAAUUGGUUCUUAGUGUUCACAACUUCCAUAAGAUACUGCUAAUGCACCAGUAUUAAAACACAUCGACAUAAGUAGCUCAUUUAGCUUUUUCUGCUGUUCUUGGCCCAAGUUCUUUCCAAAACCAACUCUUAGGCCUGCUCUUUACUAGGGAUCCUAUGUCGUAUUGCUUUACAGCCACAACACUUGGAUUCCUGUUGAUUAACUUCUCCAUUCUCUUAAGCACCUUUAGAAGAUUUAGAAGUUUCCUAGUUUUAAGCGUUUCACCAGCAAGUAUUCCAUACCUACUUGAUGUUGCUGGUCUGGUGUCUUAUUUCCUAAAGUGAAGCAUCUUUUUUAAAAAAAGAAUUUGAUUGACAAUAUAUCCAGUCCAAUAUAAGUAUGAAGGAUUCUCUCUCCUGAAAUUGUAGCAGGCAGCCAAACAUUUUCAAAUGAUGCCCAAGGUUUUAGCUGUCUUGUGUGCAUCCACAGUCUGCGAAGAAGACAGAUGAUAAGGACAUCAGGGAGCCAACAAGACUCCUAAUAGCCUCACUACAUUCAUCCAGUGCCUAUUCUGCAUGCCUAAGCUUAGAGUUCUUUUAUAUACCUCUAAGGCCAGCAAAAUGCUCAGGUCUGCUCUUGGUAGGAUAAACAUAAAGAAGAUACACAGGCCGGGCAUGGUGGCUCACACCUGUAAUCCCAGCACUUUGGGAGGCCGAGGCAGGUGGAUCACGAGGUCCGGCAAUCGAGACCAUCGUGGCCAACAUGGUGAAACCCCGUCUCUACUAAAAAUACAAAAAUUAGCCGGGUGUGGUGGCACGCGCCUGUAAUCCCAGCUACUCAGGAGGCUGAGGCAGGAGAACUGCUUGAACCUGGGAGGCGGAGGUUGCAGUGAGCCGAGAUUGCACCACUGCACUCCAGCCUGGGCGACAGAGCGGGACUCUCUCUCCAAAAAAAAAAAACAAACAAAAACAAAAAACCAUACACACACACACAUAAAUCAGCAUCAUAAGGGAAUGUAGCCUUCCAACAGAGAUGAUGCUGUUCGUAUGUUAAUCUCAGAGACAGUAUUUCAAGAGAGUGGCAGGUCUGUUCCUGGUAAAAUUUUAACCAUUAGGAUUGCAGAUAAAUGUUUGAAUUCUGCUCCUCCCUCAUCAAUCCAGGACAGUAUUUGAAGUGUGAGGGCUUUGUGUAUAGUUGUGUAUCCAUUACCACAUUUUUGUAUUUUAAUAGUCUACAGGCUAUAUAAAAGAACAUGGGUUUUUGACUGAUAAAAGUGAUUACAGAUGUUGGCUCAAGUUCAGGGCCACCAUCAUAUACCUAACAAGAGUUCAUGAUUCUUUAGGUAAUGUCAAAACAUUUUGUAUUUUUCCAUCUUAAGCUUUAUAACAUUUUGUGAGUAAGACAAAUGUUAUUUAAAAUUCUUGUUGUCAGUCCAGCAAUUGAGGCUUUCAUAGUUCAGUGUUAUAAUAUUCAGUAGGGACCCUCAACAAAUAUAUAAAAAUAUAUUGCUCACUCUAUAAUCCUCCUAUGGCUAACCUCUAGGAUAGUUCUGCCACUAUAUUUUACUUCUUUGCCAUCAGCCAGAGUAGGAUUUCAUCAAGGCAAGGUAGGAAUCUAAAUGAAAUUGAUAUAUAAAUGAAUUGAUCUAAAUGUAAAAGCAAAUGAAAAAUGCAUGUGUUUUUUCCUAUCAAACAUGUAUACCCUUAUGUAUAGAGACCAGUAGUCACGUGUGGUGACUGAAACAGGAUUAUGUAAUCCCUAAAAAGCAGAAUAUGUAAAAAUCACAUGUAUGCGUUUGGUUUAGGAAUGUGCUUUUGUACUUCCACUUGAAUAAAGGUGUGUUUGGUAUUCUGAGAA